AUGGCUCCCUCUACGCGUCCCGAACACAAGAUCAAUCUUGACAACCUGCCGCAAGUCAAUUACCAGUCUCGCUCUGCUUCGUCCACAACGGCCAACUCACCCAACGAGGUCCCGUCAGGUUCUGGCCUGAGAUAUCCUCUAGGUAACAGCUUGGCCUCUUCUGGUGCCAUUGGUCUGGUCAAUCGGUCUGGAGCUGGCUCUCCAUCCAAAGAAUAUGGCAGCCGUCUGUUCAGCAAACGAGCUCGAGAGAUCCAGGCUCAAGAAGGCGUAAGCCCACAGAUCUGGGGCCCGCCCACCUCAGGAAGUGGCCACUCGACUCCUCUUCGUGAGACUAUACCAGAAUCUCCCAGCAGCGACAGUUUCCCAGACUUCGAUCAAUCUGCUACAGAUCUAUCUUCUGCUCCUGCUGCAGGCCGUCGCAUGCGAGCGGGCACUGUGCCAUCGCGUUUUCCGCCUGUCGGUACCCUCGGCAGUCAAUCAUCUCAGCCAUCCUUGUUGCCCAAGACAUCACGUCCCACACCUUCUACCAGCCCUUUGCAGGCUAGUAUUGGUACACCUCCAGACUCGAGCACAGCUACAGCAUCGGCCAUCAACCCGUCCCAGAAGUUCUUGCUUUCUCGUCUAAGAGCGGGCUCCAUGCCUCAGCGUCCGGCCCUCCUCAACAAUCCCCCCGGUGGCUUUGGACCGCCAUACUUUUCCAAUGGAUGGACCUCUGGCCGUGAAAGGGCAUCCACACUGCAGAGCAUCCGUUCCUCCGAUGCUCCCUCAUCUCCCGCACAUUCUUCACGGGACUCUUUCAACGACAACGAUGUCAAGACUCUGGACUACCUUGGUCUUGUUGACACACCUCAGCCUGGCAGGCCCCACCACUCUAACAUGAUCGGUGCUGGUCAAACAGGCAUUCCGGGCCCUACCAUCGCAGAUCUUGCCGCCUUGAACGCCUACAACAGGAAUGCCAACCGCUUUAGAUCGUACUCAGUCAAUGCAAAGGAGAAGUACGCUGAUGAUGAGGAGGACGACUAUGAUGCCUACUCAAGCAUGUAUGGCGGCAUCCCAUCCAGUGCCGAUAUAACCGCAGCACAGGCUCUGGCUGUUCAGGAGGCCGUCCGUCAGCACAACCUUGAGGUGCAAGCCUUCACCAAUCUGGCUAGUGCCAGCAGACCUCGUGCAAGGACCGCAGGCGUGCUCGACUCGCCUUCAUCUAGACUGCUUCGCAACUACAUCCCCACACCUUCGCGCCUGGACAACAGUAUGACCGCCUCUGACUUCCAAGAGCAUGAAGGGCUUGACUACAGUGGCCUCACCGAUGCUGUACAGCAGAUGCACCUAGAUCAGAAGCCGAUGCUCGACCUUUCCGACGACAACCUUCUGGAAAACCCAACUCGUGCUCUCUGGCUUGGUAACAUCCCGCCCUCGACCACUGUCUCUUCUUUGAACGUCAUCUUCGGCAACUUUGGUCCUAUAGAAUCAACUCGAGUCCUCACUCACAAGAGCUGUGGAUUCGUCAACUUUGAGACAUUGGAGAGCGCCGUCCAGGCCAAGUCUCAGCUCAAUAACAAGGAGAUAUUCCCUGGAGCUGGACCCAUUCGCAUUGGUUACGCAAAGGUCCCGAGCAACACCGUCACUCCUGGUGCUCCGGGAUCUUUCCACUCACCAAGUCCUGAUCAAUUCGCCCGGGACAAUCCGGUCGGCAAUGCUGGCGACUCAUCUGGUCUCAAGCCUAUCAACAUCAAUGCAGAGACUGCAGCUGCCGCUCUGCUGACUCCCAACCUCCGUGAUAUGCGCAGCGAAAUUUACAACAUCAUUCAGGAGCUAGGUGCCAACAAGGAAGAACUGGUCAGAAUUAACGCCAAUGUCGAGCAAGCCAUCAGCUAUGAUCUCUACCAUCCAGAGAUUCCUGGUGUCCCAGAGCCUAGUCCAAACCGUGUUCACGAUGCUCCUCGCCUGCGUGAGAUCAGGAAGCGCAUCGAUAACAACAGCUGUUCGCCCGCAGAAAUCGAGAACAUUGCCAUGGAUAUGCUGCCCGAAAUUGCCGAGCUUGCCUCUGACUAUCUAGGUAACACGGUCGUACAGAAGCUUUUUGAAUACUGUUCGGAGCCUGUCAAAGAGGCUAUGUUGCGGGAAAUUGCUCCCCAUCUCGCCGAGAUUGGCGUUCAUAAGAAUGGCACCUGGGCCGCUCAGAAGAUUAUCGAUGUGGCCAAGACGCCCACCCAAGUCAAUCUUAUUGUCGACGCACUGCGACCUUAUACGCUGGCACUGUUUCUGGAUCAAUAUGGUAACUACGUUAUCCAGUGCUGCCUGCGUUUCCAGGCUCCUGGCAAUGACUUCAUAUUCGAUGCUAUGCUUCAGCGACUGUGGGAGGUUGCACAGGGCAGAUUUGGUGCUCGUGCUAUGAGAGCUUGUCUUGAAAGCCACUUUGCUUCGAGAGACCAGCAAAGAAUGUUGGCCUCUGCCAUUGCUCUUCACAGUGUUCAACUUGCGACUAACACCAACGGUGCUUUGUUGUUGACCUGGUUCUUGGACACUUGUACUUUCCCACGACGUCGUUCUGUUCUUGCCCCAAGGCUCAUUCCUCACUUGGUUCAUCUGUGCACACACAAGGUCGCUUACCUUACCGUUCUCAAGAUCAUCAACCAAAGAAGCGAAGCAGAUGCUCGCGAAGCGGUUCUUCGCGCUCUAUUCUUUUCGCCCAACGAUGCUAUCUUGCAAGACGUCCUUAGCGAUUCAGCCUGCGGAGCGACAUUCAUCUUCAAAGUACUCACGACCCCCUUCCUGGAUGAGAAGAUGCGCCCAGACGUUUUGGAAAACGUUCGUAACGUGUUGCUCCGUCUCAAGGCUCAACCUCAGCAAGGCUACAAGCGAUUGAUGGACGAAGUUGGUCUCUCUACCCGUCACGGAGGAGCAUCGGCCAGCCGCGAUGCCAGCCAAACCAGGUCCUCAUCCAGAGGUCCUGGCGCUAACGGACACAUGGCCCAUCUCGACAACCAAGGUGCCUAUGGCCGACAGCCGUACGGAGGUAUGGCUCCUCCACAACAGCUUGAGCACAUGAUGGGUCCGUCCUUGCAGAGAACUGCCAGCAUAGACUCCAACGCGUUCGACCCUUACGGAAACAAUGGUCUCAUGACUCCCGCAUACACCCAUAGCCCGGCCAUGUCUAAUAUUUCGCCAGUCACGCCUCAGCAGAUGCAAUACCAACAAGCUAUGCUCGCCCAG